AUCGUUCCUCAAGUCUUUUUCAGCAGGAGAUAUUAUGGACUGCUCAGCGUCGGGUCUUGAUGCAUGCAGCCGGUCUGGUCAUGUGACAUGGCAGAUGAUGUAAACACGUCAAUGCAGCUGCAGUGAAGAAUGAUGCAGAAACCUGAGAAGCUCUUAUGCAGCAGAUAAAUAGAGAUCCACAAGCUGCCGAGAUGGUUUGUGUCCUCACUCUUUUUGCAUCCGUUUUCUCAGCUUUUAUUGUCUCAGGAGACGGUGUGGAGCUAAAUUACAACCAUAAUGUCAUGAAUGUGGCAAAAUUUGCCAUGGACGUCCACAAUCGCAUGAGUAGCUCUCCGUAUGCCUUUAAAGUGGUGGAUAUCUUGUCAGACACAGCUCAGCUCUAUCCUCCUGCACGGGUUAAAUACAUGCUACAGAUACAAGCUGCGCAGACGGUCUGUGAGAAUCACGCCAGUGUGAAUGUGACAGACUGUGCUUUACAGUCUAAUGCGGAGGUCAUGACCUGUUCCUUCACUGUCAUUGCGGUGCCAGGAAAUGAUUAUAUCCCCAAACGACUGCUCUCAGAUCAUUGUGCCUGAAAAUUAUGCUGGAGAUGAUUUCUAAUGGUGAAAUGUUGUCAGCAAUACGUGCUUUGUUAAUGUGUGCCUCAUUAUAUACUUUGUGGCAUGUUAAUAUGCAUAACUGUCAGUAUCUUAUAUUUAUUAAGCAUUUAAGCUGUAAUUUUCAAGUGAUACUUAAUAUCCUGUAUUUGAAUCACAUGGAUUUAGUCUUGUCAAAAUAAAUAAUUAAGCAAA